AAAAUGAACGACCAGGUCAAGCAGCUGCAGAAGGAGGGCAAUCAGCUCUACGCCGACGGCCGCUACGACGCCGCGCGUGCAGUCUACACAAAGGCAAUCGCACUGUUGACUGCCGGAGACGAUAGCUCUUCAGCUUGUGCACCAGACGGUGCCGACACGGCCUCGUGGAAGUCUCUGACGGCCUCGCAAUUGCUCUCAAACCGCGCGCAGACCACAAUCCAGGAACGCGACUUCGCUGCGGCGUUGCAUGGUCCGUGACGGGCAAUGCUCCAGUGUUUUUCGUGUAUCUAGCAUUUAUACUAAUGUGGAAUAAUAUUUGUACUCUGCUAGACGCCACACUAGCGCUUAAGCACAACACGAAGAACGAGAAGGCUCUCCUGCGUAAACUCGUGGCUCUGGAGAACCUGGAGAGGUUCGAGGCGGCGCUGCAAUUGGUGAAUACUGUUCUGGACAAUGGAGAAAAGAACGCACCCACAGUUUUCCAGUACUGCGUCGCAGCACGCCGUCGACUGCGCAAGAACCUGGCCAAAGACCGCGAAGUGGCAGCCAGCGAGGUCAAGCAGAUGGGCAAAAUGGUGCACGAUAAACAGCAGUUGAGAAUCAAUUUCGGAUGUCUGCUGCCAUCGCAAGUUCCGCUGGAGCAGUUUUUCGACGUGAAUGUGAAUAUCGGCAAUGAAUUCGGUCUCUUCCGACGAGACUACGUGAAGAAUGGAGAGAAGAUUUAUCUGCAAUGUUCGCUUCGGAACAACAACGAGAAAAAAUUCAAGUUAAAGUUCCAGGAGCCUUUGGACCCGUCGGACGUUGGCGACGCUGGUAGUGCUGAUGCAAAUGGCAAGUUGACGCUCAACGACCGCGGAAAGGCGAGCUUCCGCGUCGCUGUUGUGACUGCAGAUGCAUCAAAACCAUCGAACCAUUCGAAACCUCUGGCACUUCAAGUCCGGGCACACGAGUCAUCGACUGCAACGUGGAAUCUGUUCCCGGUCGUGUCCCUACCGUUUACUGUUGUACCUCCUGGUGGAAAGUUAAACGAGGGGAUUACUGGAGACCUCGGUGUGCACUGCUGUCGAGCGGUAUCGAUGCCUGGGUUACAGCAUGAAAUCCUCCUUGCUGAGUCUCCUGGAAACCUCGGUAUUGGAGGGAAGUUGUGGGACUCGUGCUUGGUAUUGACGCGGUAUCUAGCUGCUCGACGAGAGGUUCUUAAUGAAAAGCAAGUGGUGGAGCUCGGCAGUGGACUGGGACUUGUUGGCAUCUUCUGUUCACUACUCGGUGCUCGCGUGACCCUAACGGACAUGGAGGAGGUUAUUCCGUUGCUGGACUACAACAUCCGCUUGAACUUCGAUGAAGCGGACAGCUCUGCUAAAGGCACUGUACUGCCCGUUGCCAGAGCGCAUCUUUGGGGAGAUCCACCGCGCGAUCUGCCAUUGCAACCGGACGUGAUCGUGCUCUCGGACGUCGUCUACGAUCCAGAAGGCUACGCCCCGCUCGUGUCAUCGCUAGAAGCGCUCGCAACUGCACCACAGACGCUCGUGCUGAUGGCGCAUCGCUCUCGUAACCCCAUGGAGCACCAGUUCUUUGAACUCCUGUCGCAGAGCUUCUCGUGCGAGCAGAUCGACUGGCUUUCCACCGAGAAGAUCGCCCCGAAAGCGUCUGCAGCUGGCGGUCCACCAAGUACAGAACAAGCUCUGCAAGACGUUAAAAUUUUUGAAAUUCGACGGCUGGCAGCGCAGUGACCGGCUUCAGAUGAACGUUCUGGAGGCACUACCGGACUGGUAAAGGCUUUGGGGCUGCGACGUCAGAGAUGUGAUGGGUGGGAGUACAAGAGCAACGAGAACAAACACGCAAGAUGUAUAUUGUCGAUGCCACGAAAGUGAGACGAAGUUAAAGCAGAAAAGAUACUAAACGGUGUUGGUCAGGGCGCAAAGAAGCAGAGGAGGUGACCGACCUGUCAGUACAUAGAGCGUGAAGGUUUCGAUGAACAUGAAUAAGAGGGUCGUUUCAAUGGACCAGUGUACUCAUUGAUCGAUUCCGGCUCUAGUAGUUGAUUUUCUUGCAGGUACAGACAAC